AGAUGGCAACUCUCCUGUUAACAGAAUAAUCCCUCAAAGCAGUCAGACACAAUUUCGUCCACGUUAGCACCUUAGGCGAAGGUACAAAAUAAAGCGAUCGGAUUUAAUGUUUGCCAAAUAACGUAACACUGACGCAGCGUAACACAGCGAGUUCCGGCAUCAGUGAUUCUCGGGACAAAAACUCUGACAUAACGUAGCUGAUAUUCAAGUUGCUCUCAAGCAAAAACCUUUGACAGUGAUGGAAGCAGUUUGGAACAGCCAAACAGAAGACAUGGAGGAUUACUACGGGUUAUUAGGAUGUGAUGAACUGUCAACGACUGAACAGAUUCUCAACGAAUACAAGAUCCGAGCCCUGGCAUGCCACCCUGACAAAAACCUGGAAGAUGCAGGAGCAGUGGCAGAUUUCCAAAAGCUGCAGGAAGCAAAAGAUGUUUUAUGUGAUCAUAACAAAAGAAAAAACUACGACCUUUGGAAAAGAAGUGGUGUUGCUAUUCCAUUUCAUGACUGGCAAGCCCUGAAGGACACAGUAAAAACUUCAAUGCACUGGGCUAUGAGAAAUAAGAAGGAACUAAUGUUGGAGGCAUCAAAAGCAGAAAUUCCACUCACUUCCCAAGCUGAAAGGACCUCUGCCAGUGAUACAGCCCCCUCAAGGGGUUACUUCUACUCCCAUCCACCUUACCACUGGGUUCCUGACUCAUCAUCCCGUCUGCUGCAGAAGUUUAGAAAUUAUGAAAUAUAGCAGAUAGACUGAUAGAUAUUAAAUUAAUCCCAAGGGAAGUUAAAGACUAAAUUAUUAAAUGGCAUACAGGCUAGCAAAUAAUUUGACAGUUUCAGUCAAUUUAAAUGAUUUUUUUUUUUUUGGUUUGCCUGAGCAUUAAUUAUAUGAUUACAAACAAUGAAAUGUAAUCGUGCCUAAUACUGGUGUAUUUUAUGUGUUGAAUUGUACAUUUCUGUGUACCUUUCAAGUUGUUAACAUUGUCAAAAAAUAAACAUCAUUUGAAAAUGUAA